AUGAAUCUACCUCCUGUGCUUCAGGAUGGGCUUCUGCUUAAGUUCCUGCCGUCACCACGGACCUUUCCUGCCUUCCCCAAAGCUGCCCUUAUCUGGGCCUCCCUCACCCCCCUUGAUGCUGAAACCCAAUCCUCUGCGGCGGGCACCUCCCAACCCAGCAGGCCUGCAGAGCAGCCCCAGCCCUCCCACAACCAGUUUCAUCCUUACAUCAGCAUCAUCAGCAUCAGCAUCGGACAGGACCCAGCCGAGAGCCACAGACAGCCAGCAGCCUUCUCACUGGAGCCCCAGCCAGACCCCAGCUGGCCUCAAAUGGACCAAACCAUGAAGUCCCUCCCUGGUCCACAUGAGGAGGACAUAGAAACAAGGCGACCAGCCUCAGACAUCUGUGUGUUUGCCAGCAACUGUACACUGCAUGGACUGGGCCAUGUCUUUGGGCCAGGAGGCCUGACCCUGCGUAGGGGGCUGUGGGCAGGGGCAGUGCUGCUCUCUCUGACUGCCUUCCUCUAUCAAGUGGCAGACCGGAUUGAGUACUACGGACAGUUCCACCAUGUGACAGUGUUGGAUGAACAUGAAAGCCACCACCUUGUCUUCCCUGCUGUCACCCUGUGCAACCUCAACCCACUUCGACGGUCCCAAAUUACACUCAAUGACCUGCACUGGGCUGGACCUGCCCUGCUGGGCCUUGAGCCUAGAGAGCAUGCUGACUAUCUGAAGGAAUUGGGCCAGCCCCCUGCACCCCCUGGCUUCAUGCCCAGUGCCACUUAUGACCUGUCUGAACUCUAUGCCAGGGCUGGCCACACCAUGGAUGACAUGUUGCUGGACUGUCGCUACCGAGGACGGCCUUGCGGCCCAGACAACUUCACCAGGGAGCCCUGCCCAAAUGCUAGGAAAUCUCACCUCUGCCCCAAGACUUCCAGUUGGGGGGUGGAAGGCAGUACCCCCAUAUGCAGCCCCCAACAGUACAAGGAUUGUGCCAGACCUUCCUUGGACAGCAUGAUAAGGAAGGAUACCGCCUGCCUCUGCCCCAGCCCCUGCGCCAGCACACGCUACGAAAAGGAGCUCUCCAUGGUCCGGAUUCCCAGCCGCGCUUCAGCCAGCUACCUGGCCCAGAAAUUCAACCGAAGCAAGCAGUACAUAGCGGAUAAUGUUCUGGUGCUAGACAUCUUCUUCGAGGCACUUAAUUAUGAGACUGUGGAACAGAAGAAAGCCUAUGAAGUGGCCGAUCUGUUGGGUGAUAUUGGAGGCCAGAUGGGGCUAUUUGUUGGUGCCAGUCUGCUGACCAUUCUGGAGAUCUUGGACUAUCUCUUUGAGGUUUUCCAAGACAGGGUUCUUGGCUACUUCCAAAAUAGGAGGAGGUCACAGAAGAGGCCCAGGGACAGCCUGCUCCAACGAGGAACUGACAUCCACCACAGCCCAGGACCCCACCUCACCGCUCUCCCCAGGCCUCCCACUCCACCCUGUGCUGUCACCAGGACUGUUUCUACUUCACACCGGACCUGCUACCUGGUCACUCGCCUCUAGACUCAGGUCCAAUCUGUUGUACCCUUGGGGCUCCAUGCCCUGCAUGCACCUCGCCUG